AUGGGUCGGCGCAAGAUCGAAAUCGAGUUGGUGACAGACAGUUGCACAAGGCAAGUUACUUUCUCAAAGCGAAGAACCGGGCUUUUCAAGAAGGCGAACGAGCUUGCAAUCCUAUGCGCUGUCCAGAUUGCAAUCAUCGUGUUUUCCCCAGGAGGCAAGCCCUUUUCGUUCGGGCAUCCGAACGUGGAAUCCAUUGUUCACCGAUUUCUAAAUCAGGAAAAGGCUCCGGAUGAGGGUACAAGCAAAGACGCCGAAUCUCGUGAUGAAAGCAAGACCGAUGAUAAUCUAAACCAGCAAAUCCUCGAUCUACUCAAGCGAUUGAACGCAGAGGAGAAGCGAGGAGAGAUGCUUGAGAAGGCGCUGAAAGCAAAACGAGCUGCCAAAGGCCAACCUCCAAUUGAUCAACUUGGAUUGCCUGAACUCGGACAGUUAAAGAGGUCGUUGGAAGACCUUCGUGAGAAACUGAAAGAUUGUAUCGACGAGAAGGAGGUGCUUUCUGCAAUAUUACUUCUCUCAGAACAGCAGCCGAAGAAGGAAAACCAAUCAGAGAACUGGGUUUAGAAACUUGCUGUU